AUGGCUGUUAAACCUCAAGCUUGUACCAUUAAAAAGUUAGAUGAAGUUGUUGUUAACAGAAUAGCUGCAGGGGAAGUUAUUCAAAGACCAGCAAAUGCUUUGAAAGAAAUGAUAGAAAAUAGCCUGGAUGCUGGUUCCACUAAUAUACAGGUGACAGUAAAACAGGGUGGUUUGAAAUUAUUACAGAUACAAGAUAAUGGUAGUGGUAUUAGGAAAGAUGAUAUGAAAAUAGUUUGUGAAAGAUUUACUACCAGUAAAUUACAGAAAUUUGAAGAUUUACAGAGUAUUGCUACAUAUGGUUUCCGUGGUGAAGCUUUAGCUAGUAUUAGUCAUGUAGCUCAUGUUACCAUAACAACAAGAACAGCAGAUUCUAAAUGUGCUUACAGAGGUUGCUAUGUAGAUAGUGAAUUAAAAGAUACAGUAAAACCAUGUGCUGGUAAUGUUGGUACUCAAAUCACAGUAGAAGAUUUAUUCUAUAAUAUUGCUACCAGAAGAAAAGCUCUUCGUAGUCCAGCAGAAGAACAUGCUAAAGUAGCAGAAGUUGUUAGUAGAUAUGCUGUUCAUAAUUCUAAAUGUGGAUUUACAUUGAAAAAGCAUGGAGACAAUAUGGCUGAUGUUAGAACACCCAGUAAUUCUACAUGUGUUGACAAUAUAAGAACAAUAUUUGGUGCUUCUAUUGCCAGGUGA